UUGCAUACGCUGACUGAGCAGUACAGUACACCUGUUACGUGGGCGCUCGACAAAGCCAGUUCUUUUAAAAUGAAGCAAGUCAUCCUCGCUCUCGUAUCGCUCUGCUUCUUCGGCCCUUUUGCAGAAACGUGCGACUCCACAACAAUAUCCGAGGCCAACAUUGAGUGCUACAAAAGAUUUGAAAAGGAACACGGCGGCCUUCCCCGAAAACCAGAUGAUCCAAUUGAGCCAACUGGGAAUAUAAGAUUACUCUGUUGUAUGUUAAAAUACAACAAGUAUUGCGUUUCUAAACUCCUAGAAGACAAAGGAUGCCACCCCGCUGCUGCUCUACAAUCUGCGACGGAGAUAGAGACAAGAAUGAAAAAUUGUCCAACAACCAACCCGAUAUGCGUCCCUCCACCACAGUGCAAGCGAGGCUUACCCGACGCCAAACUCAUUUGCGAGUACAGAUAUAAAAAGGAACAUGGAACCAUAGCUCCAAAGCGUCGUGCAGACCUUCAAGCGAGAGAUCAGGGCCGAGACAAGGUGCACAAAAAACGUUGCUGUCUAAUGCAAUUCAUCAAGGAUUGUGUUCCGAAAAUACUCCAAGAAGAGUACUUAUGUAGUGAUCCAGACUUUCUUGAGAUGUUCUUCGAGCAAAUACGAACCGAGUGUGGAACAUCCAAGUGGGACUGUACAGGUGUCCCUGCACCACAGUGCGAUGACGAACAAUUAUCCAACGCGAUGAAAAUUUGCGAUUACAAAUAUACGGAUGAGCACGAAACCCCAGCUCCAAAACGUCGUGCAGACCUACAAUCUAGGGAUUUGAGCCCUGCUCAGGUGCACAAACUACGUUGCUGUCAAAUGGAAUACAACAAGGCUUGUGUUCCGCGAUUUCUCAAACAUGACAGAUGCAGUGAUCCAGAUUUUAUUGAAAUGUUCCUCGAGCAAGUACGCGCUGAAUGUGGAACAUCCAAGUGGGUCUGCAUGAAGUGCAAUCAAAGAGCUAUAUCCGAUGCCGAAUAUGUGUGCUUAAGGAAGUACGAACAGGAACAUGGCAUUAUUUCUAGAGGCCUGAUGUCCGGCAAUGACAAAGGACUGUGCUGCACGUUGGACUACAAGAAGAAUUGUGUUCCAGACCAACUAAAAGCUAAAGGAUGUGAUGAACAAUUUCUUCAGAAUUAUGUUGCAAAGAUACAGCGUGAAAUGACAACCCAAUGUGCAGCAUCGAACUCGAUCUGCUUGCAGUGCAAUCAAAAAACUAUAUCCGAUGCCGAAGAUGUGUGCUUAAGGAAGUACGAACAGGAACAUGGCAUUAUUUCUAGAGGCCUGAUGUCCGGCAAUGACAAACGACUGUGCUGCACGUUGGACUACAAGAAGAAUUGUGUUCCAGACCAAUUAAAAGCUAAAGGAUGUGAUGAACAACUUCUUCAGAAUUAUGUUGCAAAGAUACAGCGUGAAAUAACAAACCAAUGUGCAGCAUCGAACUCGAUCUGUACCGUUUGCCCUCAAGGAUUACUAGACAGUGCAAAGAGUACCUGCUACAACAAUUACCAAAAUGAUCAAACUGCAUCCCAACUGCAUUGUUGUAUGAUCGAAUACAGCAGGACUUGUGUUCCGGAAAUACUCGCAAGACAAGGAUGCGAUGUGACGGUUCUUCUUGACCGGUUCUUCAAGGACAUCAACGCUGAUUGUGGAACAUCGAAGCCAGUCUGCUUGGAGUGCAAUCAGAAAGCAAUAUCCGAUGCGGAAGAUGUGUGCUUGAGGAAAUACGUACAGGAACACGGCAUCAUUUCUAGAGGCCUGUUGUCCAGCAAUGAAAAACGACUGUGCUGUAUGUUGGACUACAAGAAGAAUUGUGUUCCAGACCAAUUAAAACCAAAAGGCUGUGGAGAACAACUUCUUCAAAAUUAUGUUGUCAAGGUGCAGAGUGAAAUGAGAUACCAAUGUGCAGGAUCGAGCUCGAUGUGUGCCAUCUGUCCUACAGGAUUACUAGACAGUGCAAAGAAUACGUGCAACAGCAAUUAUCAGAAGUUGCAAGACGCAUCCAAACUGCAUUGUUGUGUUAUGGAAUACAGCAAGACUUGUGUUCCGGAAAUACUCGAAAGACAAAGAUGCGAUGAGACGUUUCUUCUUGAGCGGUUCUUCAAGGACAUCAACGCUGACUGUGGAACAUCGAAGCCAGUCUGCGACGUUGCAUCAAAGUGCCCGAACAAAACGUUAUCACUUGCACAGACUGUCUGCGAAGAAAGCUUUAUGAGGGAACACGGCCUCGUCCUUCCCCCCGAAUAUGUGAACAAAGAGGCGAACAAAUGGUACUGCUGUAUGAUGCAGUACAGCCAGAAUUGUCUUCAGGACACGCUGAAACAACAAGGAUGCGAUUCCGAAGACUUUUUGCAGGGGUUCACUCGGAAAGUUGAGACUCAAUGUGGAACGUCCAAGUCGUUCUGCUCUGCUCAGUGUAAUAACAACACGUUAUCCCAUGCCCAGUUUGCGUGCAGCGAGAGAUAUAUGCAGAUCCAUGUGCUGAAUCCUGAAAAACCGGGACAAUUGAGCCCGGAUGCUCAGAAACGUUACUGCUGUAUGAUGGAAUACAGCAAGACUUGUCUACCGGAACUACUCAAACAACAAGGAUGUGACGACACAGGUUUUGUUCAGCUCUUCAUCCAACGAAUAAAUAGAAAAUGUGGAACAUUUAAAUUGGACUGCGUCCCUGUACCGAAGUGCGCCCCAAAAGCAGUAUCCAAUGCAGAGAACGAUUGCGCCACAAAAUACAAGCAGUUGUACGGCCUUACUACGCGAAAACCUGAUGAGAAGCAAAAGCCGGCAGGUCUGAGCCCCGAGAUUGACAAGCAGCGGUGCUGUUCCAUGGAAUACAGCAAGAAUUGCGUUACGGAAGUACUAAAGGACAAACGAUGCGGUGAUGAAUUCAGCGCAUCUUUUCUUGAGCAGAAAAAGAAGAUAAUGGCAAAUCUGUGUGGUACGUCGAAAUUGGACUGUGAAUUCGACAAAAGCAAGAGUGCUGGGUGCAUGAAGUAUCCAGCAUGGACUCUGGCAGCAGCCGUCAUUGUGGCUUCAGUGAUGAAGCUAGUGUGACGUCAGUUGUAGUGAGAAAAGGGAUCUACUGGUUUCCAUUUCGCUUGUUCGGGCCAACUGAUCACAAUAAAUAUGGUUGUGUGACCGA